AUGUACUAUGCAGAUCACCAUGGAUUUCCAAUUAUUACUUUCAUUGACACUCCAGGGGCAUAUGCUGACCUUAAAUCCGAGGAACUUGGCCAAGGGGAAGCAAUAGCUCAGAACUUAAGGACUAUGUUUGGUCUGAAAGUACCAAUUGUCUCAAUUGUAAUGGGAGAAGGUGGCUCUGGUGGAGCUCUGGCUAUUGGUUGUGCCAACAAACUAUUAAUGCUUGAAAAUGCAGUCUUCUAUGUUGCCAGCCCAGAGGCAUGUGCAGCAAUCUUGUGGAAGAGUGCUAAAGCUUCUCCAAAGGCAGCUGAGAAGCUAAAGAUAACAGCUAAAGAACUGUGCAAGCUAGAAGUUGCUGACGGCAUUAUCCCUGAACCUCUGGGUGGUGCGCAUGCUGAUCCAUAUUGGACCUCACAACAGAUAAAAACUGCAAUUGUUGAAUCAAUAGAUGAACUUGUAAAGAUGGACACAGAAAAACUGCUAAAACAUAGGGCUCAAAAGUUCCGUAAACUUGGUGGAUUUCAAGAGGGAAUUCCAAUAGAUCCAAAGAAAAAGGUCAAUAUGAAAAAGAAAGAAGAAGCCAUAGUUGUGUCUAAGACUUCAGAAGUGGAGUUGAGGGAUGAGGUUCAAAAACUGAAACAGCAGAUUCAGAAAGCUGGUAAAGCGUCUGCAGAUCAUCCAGAGCCAGGUCUCAAUGAGAUGAUAGAGAAGUUGAAAAGAGAGAUUGAUUACGAGUAUGAAGAAGCUGUAAAAGCUGUAGGUUUGGAGGACAAAAUUGUAAUGCUGCAUGAAGAAGUUGCAAAAGCAAGGAAUUUAAAAGACCAGCUCACACCAGCAUUAAAGGAAAAGAUUGAACAGUUGAAUGAUGAAUUUAACAAGAAUCUUUCCACAGCUCCUAAUUACUCCAGCCUGAAAUAUAAGCUUGAUAUGUUGAAGGAAUUAUCCAAAGCUCAGAAUAUGUCAGAAAAGAGCACCAACACUGACAAACUGAAAGCGGAAAUUGAUAAGAGAUUCAAAGAAGUCAUGGAUCGGCCUGAUUUAAAACAAAAGAUUGAGACAGUAAAAGGUGAAAUUGCAAAAUCAGGGGUGUCCGAUGUAGUUAAUUUAAACCAAGAUCUAAAGGAAAAAUUUGUGCAGUUGAGCAAAGAGUUAGAUUCAGAAUUUAAAGCUAUUCUUGAAUCUAUGGGUUUGCAGGUGUAUCCACGUUCAGCCCUAGAAGCGAAGGCAAAACUAGAUGCACUCAAUGAAGAAACUGAUAUGAUUAUAGAAGAUGUUAUCAAUUCCUCAAGUUUGAAAGACAAAAUUGAUCUGCUAAAGAUGGAAGUGGCAAGUGCUGGAAAUGCACCCGAUGCUGAGUCAAAAAAUAAGAUUCAGGCUUUGGAGGCAGAAAUCAAGCAGGCUGUUGCUGAGGCUGUAAGUUCCCCUGAACUGAAAGAGAAGUACGAGAAACUGCAGGCUGAGAUACUUGAAGCCACCAAAUCUUCUGUAGGAUCAGACGGAAGUUUGAAGCAAACCGCAGCUUUGUCUGAAUAUGAGAUUCUUAUAAAAUGA